GAUUCGACUCGUUUUAAGGUCGUAUUGUCGCGAUGUAGGCGUGUGGUUUACGAGCGCGGUGCAUUCUGGGAAGUCCUUUCUCUAUCAGGCCAUCUUGGAGUUAACCAGGCAGUCGGCCGGAACGGACUGAAGCUAAAAUGGUAGCCGCAAAGAAAACGAAAAAGUCCUUGGAGUCUAUCAACUCCAGACUGCAGCUGGUGAUGAAGAGCGGUAAAUAUGUGCUGGGAUACAAACAGUCACAGAAAAUGAUUCGCCAGGGCAAAGCCAAGCUGGUCAUCCUGGCCAACAACUGCCCUGCUCUGAGGAAAUCAGAAAUCGAGUACUACGCCAUGUUGGCCAAGACUGGUGUCCACCACUACAGUGGAAAUAACAUUGAGCUUGGCACAGCCUGUGGUAAAUACUACAGGGUGUGCACACUUGCCAUCAUUGACCCCGGCGAUUCAGACAUCAUCAGAAGCAUGCCUGACCAACAGCAGGGCGAGAAGUAGAGCCAUUUUUCCUGAAAGUUGUUAUAAAUAAAUAUGGUUGAAAUGGU